AAUUGAAUCUGUCUGACCUUCACUCAACGCAUGUUUGGUCAGGGUGUGACCGACUGUUCACAAAUGUGCACCUCGAAAUGUGGCUUUUUUAAGUUCCCGUCAUCAACACGUCAAUAUAUAAGCAUCGACGAGCUAAUGUGGCACUUGGCUAUAACUCCACACACUCGCAAGAUUCGUAAAGCGCUGCAACGCAUCCUCCCGUAGCUUAGACCCGACGUCAUUGUUGUAAGUCAGUAGCUAGGCACGGGUGGUGAAUCUGCCAGACUUCCGAGUCAAGUCAACUCACAACACCUGGGAUCUAUCGCGUGACCUCCUGUCGGCGAGCCUUCGACGCUUCACGUGGCCUCAAAGUGCACCUAGCCUGGCACAAGCGCCGUGGUGACAUCACCGCUUCUUUUGUGGCGAACGGGUGCUGCUGUUGUUUUCUUCGAAGACCCUUUGCCCGCUAUAAUAAAGACACCGCGUAGGUGGACAACACGAACGCUGAACAUUCAAAAUAUGUUGAUGUCUACCAAUUUGCUUUAAACCUCACAAGUGCGCCCAGAUUGAUCAAAUACUACAAUGAACGUCCAGCCAAAACUCAGCCGAGCAAACGAGCCAAAUAAUCAUCACGCUGGGAUUCAGCAGGACGUGAUCCCAACAGCAAGUUACAGAAGCCAACUGUUCUUCUUCCUUGGCACUCACGGCACUCUUUCCAAGGCACAAGCGUGUGUCAUCCAGGACAGAAUUAUCAAGUCAAUAUGGCGUAUUUGGCCAUCCUCACUGCUGCGCUGUGUGUCUUGAUUGGAGGAGUGCAUACGUCACAAGGAUUUUGCAAUCGCUCCACGCAAUAUGAACUGAAUGGCCUCUGCUGUGAUCAAUGUCCUUCUGGACACUUUCGAUCCGCCUGGUGCACCGCGGACUCGCCGACUGACUGCCAGCCGUGCCCUGAGGGCACCUACAACUCGGAGUACAACAUCUACCCCAGAUUCGAAUACUGCACGCGCUGCAUUCCAGCGUUUCACCAGGUGAAGAUAGAGGGCUGCACACGUACUCGGAACGCAAGGUGUGGCUGUGAGAAGGACGAGAACAUCUCGAAAUUUGCAAAGCAGGGCACCUUGUUCUGGUGCUGUCCAAAAUGCCCAGCGGGCAUGGAGACUCUGAACGAAUGUUCCUUUACGGAUUUCGUCACCACGUGCAGCCCCUGUCCUCCAGGCACGUUUAGUGACCAUCCCGGGUCCCGCUGCCGAAACUGCACACGCUGUGAACGAGUGCAGUCUCCGUGUACGAACGCCAGCGACGCCGUCUGCAGCGGUUUCUCAAAGGUCACCAAGUGCACUGACUGUCCUCCAGGCACAUUUCGUGACCGUUCCGGGUCCCCCUGCAAAAACUGCACACGCUGUGAACGAGAGCUGUCUCCGUGUACGAACGCCAGCGACGCCGUCUGCAGCGGUACGAUGAUUCUACGUGCACACGGCAGUGGUUUAGUAACAACAAGGGAUGAUGUACAUGUUCUUCAUCGAUACUUCUCCGGGGUGUACUUUAUCAAUGUGUGUGUGUGUUGUUGUUAUCCAGGCCCAGAUGUAUCUGCAAAUGGCAAAGCGCAUGCAGCGAUAGCUGCAGGAGCAGCAGUGAGUCUGUCCCUCUUGGUUACUGUGCUGAUGGUGCUGAUGUUGCUCCAUUCGCGUCGUGCUUCCGUUCAACACAAGGAUGCCCCUCUGAGCGACUCCAGUGCCAUGGAUAAUUUUUCCACCCAAAGCUCCUUAGCAACCCUGCAACGCCCAGACGAAGUUCAGUCAAUGCUGAAUGCGUGCAAUGACAUCGAAUAAAUCGUCGAGUGAGUGUGUGUACAGUGGAAAUGAACCUGAGACAAACGAUUAUCAGCCCUGUUGUCAGACCCCUCCUAGUCUUUAUAAAGGCCUCAAUACCUGAGGCCUGUUAAGAGGCGUGAGCACUGAGAUACAUCUGGCUUCAUGAUAGAGCUUCUCUACAGUUCUUGUACGGUUAUCAUCAUCAGCUAACACAAUACGCAUUAGCAUUGCUGUGGAGAAUAUAA